AUGGUUCUCACAACUGGUCUCAAAGGUGCCCAUGUGCUCAUUACAGGAGGCACACGGGGUAUGGGAGAGGCAAUGGUACACAAAUUCCUAGAGGAGGAAGCCAAUGUGUCGUACUGUGCCCGGACAGUCACCAAUAAGGAAUUUGAUGAGUUCCAUGCGACACUCCCUGAGGGCAAUACCGCCCGCGCCGUAGGCACGGCAUUCGAUGUUGCUAGCAAAGACGCCAUCGUCCAGUGGGUCGAGAGCUCAGCCGAGCGACUCGGACGAAUUGAUGUGAUUAUCGCCAAUGCAUCACCAAUGCACAUGGAAGGCGAGACUGAGCACUGGGAGAGCAGUUUUGCGAUCGAUGUUAUGGGCUUCGUUGAGCUAGUCAGGGCCGCCACUCCCUAUUUGGAAAAGUCCCCCCAGGCAUCCAUCAUCGUUCAGAGCUCCUUUAUGGGACGGGAAUUCUAUCGGUCCCCUCCGGCUGCCUACGGGCCCUGCAAGGCAGCACAGCUGCAGCAUGUUCAGGAAUUGUCCCACUUCUUAGGCCCGAAGGGCAUCCGCGUCAAUGCUAUCUCACCGGGACCUAUUCUGUGCAAGGGUGGUCCCUGGGAACUCUAUUCAAAGAUCAACCCCGAGUGGGUGGAGGAACAGCGACUGAAGGUUCCUCUGAAGCGGUUGGGCGGGCCGACAGAGGUGGCCGCUGUCGCAGUUUUCCUGGCGAGUCCUCUAGCCAGCUUCGUUUCUGGCACGAAUAUGUUGGUUGAUGGCGGAAUUCACGUUGGCACCCAAUUUUAG